CCCUGUAAACACACUGCUGGCUGCUGACAGUGGGACGUACCUCCACAUUCUUUGUCAGACUAGUUAAUUAACCACCUGCAACUGUUCGCGUGAGUGUUGUUUGUGGUAAUUAAAUAAGAAAAUCGUGUCACUUCACUUUUUAAAAUUUUAAAGCUCUCCGAGUCUGCGUUGCUCGUCCGAAGUGCUAGCUCGCCAAGCUAGCAGACUAGUUGCAGUUGUCGCUAACUUUACGCGAGUAAUUCACUUGAAAAAGAGCGAAAUUGUUGACUGCCCGAGCUGUGGGUAUGUUGUGUGGUUGAUGACAGACUGCCAGUGUUUGCUGGAUUAAAGUGUGCAGCAUGAGCGCAUCAGCUUGGGACGGAGAGCCUGGGACUCCCCUGGAGGAGAAGGAAGAGAUCAGUGAAGACUACAAACAUGACUCCGCAAUCUGUUCGGGCACCAGUGAGAUAAAGAGCCGCGCUGUGGUCAAAUACUCAGCUGCCCCACCUCCUACCAGCUAUGCCCUCCUGCAGGAAAAGACUGAUCUGAAGCUGCCGCCUGCCAACUGGCUGAGAGAAAACCCCCAGCUGGGCAGUGCUGGCACCACCGUAUUAGGAUCCAGCAGCAAGAGCAAGCCCUUUUCCAGUUUUGGGAUGGCCUAUGACUUCAUCGACUGCAUCGGGGACGAUGUCGAUGUGGUAUCAGACUCGGAGAACAUCAAGAAGCUUUUGAAAAUCCCUUACAGCAAGUCCCACGUCAGUAUGGCCGUUCACCGUGUGGGGAGAACGCUGCUCUUAGAUGAGUUGGACAUCCAGGAACUUUUCAUGAGGUCGUCUCAGACAGGAGACUGGGCGUGGCUCAAAGACUUUUAUCAGCGACUGAUAGAUCAGAAAUGGCAGAGGAAAAAGAAGAGCAAAGAGCACUGGUAUCAGAAAGCAAUCUUGUCCAAGUUUCUCUACUACAGUAUAAAUGGAGAUGGGGCUGCAGAGCACGUAACAGACGACCUGAAUGAAGGACAAGAGGAGAACGAGGCCCAAGAGGAGUUCAGCUCAUCGUGGCCCACCACCUUCACCAGCCAGUCGUCCGAUGCAGAAGAAUCAGAUGCUCCCAAACAGGAACCCGUUUCUGUGGACAUCAACUUCGCUCUGGGUCAAGUGACAUCUGUACCCAAAGAGCAGAACCUCCCGACGCUCUUCAACGAAGGGGAGAACAGCCAGGGUUUAAGAAACGACUUUGUGCGAAGCAUCAUGUGGACCUUUGAGGACAUCCACAUGUUGGUCGGGUCCAAUAUGCCUAUUUUUGGAGGUGGUCGCUAUCCAGCUGUCAGUCUGAAACUCAGGGACAACAAUAAGCCAAUCAACAUUCUGACAGGUAUUGACUACUGGCUGGACAAUCUGAUGUGCAACGUCCCAGAACUUGUCAUGUGUUUUCACGUCAAUGGUAUUGUUCAGAAAUAUGAGAUGAUUAAAACAGAAGACAUCCCUCAUCUGGAAAACUCAACUUUUUCCACACGAGUGGUGAAAGACAUUGCCCAGAAUAUCCUCUCCUUCCUCAAGUCAAACUGUACCAAAGAGGGUCACACCUACUGGCUUUUCAAAGCGAGUGGGAGUGACAUUGUGAAGCUUUAUGAUCUUACGACUCUGUGCGAGGAGGCAGAAGAGGAGAAAUGUCAGAAUCCCUUCACUCUCCCUGUGGCCGUGUUACUGUACAAAGUGGCCAGCAACUUGAUGCUGAAGGCAAGACAGAACCGAAAGCACUACGGCACGAUCAGAACUCUCCUCUUAAACUGCGUCAAACUUCUGGAUCAGGACAGGCAUCCGCAGAUCAUUGCCUCGGCCCACUACAUGCUGUCAGAGCUGUUCCAGCUGGACGAGCCUCCUGAGGAAGACGAAGGCGAGUCGCUGCGGGCCGGCGGCUCAGAGGACAGCUACAGCGACGACGACGGCGAGGAAGAGGACGAGGAUUUGACGGAGGACAGCAACGAUAACGGCUCCUACAGCUCGUCCCCAAAGGACGACAGCAAAGCGGUGGCUGUGAUCCGGUCGGUCGGUGAGCUGUCGGUGCCAGAGAAAUACAAAUCCACCCAUCUGAUUAGACCAAGUUGUGCUUUCCCUGUUUCUCAAGACAAAGAGGAGCGAUGCAGACAUGUUCUAAGCUGCGUAUUAAAGGGGCUGAAGGCCGUGGACGGAAGCAUCAAGAAGGAGAGCGACCUCCCGGCCGCGGACCCGAACACGCCCAUCCCGCUCAAAUACGAGGACCGAAGUGCAAACGCGGCCUGUGCUGCCGAGAAAGAAAUCUCCCUCCUGCUUGAAAGAGUGGAGCCCCUGCAGAUGGACCAGAAGCACCCGACACGCUCAGGGAUGAUCCCCGGCUCCUGGCAGCACCGCAUGAAGCUGCAGCUCUUCCUCAAAGCCUCCAAAGCUUACUACGUCUUGUCCGACGCCGCCACAAACCUGCUGAAGUAUGGACGAGCUUUACGAUACAUCAAGCUGUCUUUGCAGUGUUACGAUGCAUAUUGUUCGGUGAGCGGCGCGCUGCUCCCACAAGUGCUGCAGUUCCACAGCCAGUGCCUCUCCCUGUGCGGCGACAUUCAGCUGAUGUUGGCCCAGAACGCCAACAACAGAGCAGCCUACCUGGAGGAGUACAGCUACCAGACCAAAGAGGACCAGGAGAUCCUGCACAGUCUGCACCGAGAGAGCAGCUGCCAGGCCUUCAACAUGGCCACAGACCUGGCCAUGGACCCUGAAUACCAGCUCUUCGUCAGCAGCAAGUGCUACGAGGCGUCGUACGAGCUGCUCGUCUCCGAGGCUUUGAAAGAUCACACAUCGGAGCAGCUGGCCCAGGUCCUCAAAAGGCUCGGGAACAUCCGCAACGAGAUGGGGGUCUACUACAUGAACCAAGCCGCGGCCAUGCAGACCGAGAAAGACGUGAAAAAGUCGGUGUCUGUAGCAGAGCAGGAAAUGUGGAAAAAGAGCUUUGCCUUCUUUGAGAAGGGAAUGAAGGACUUUGAAGCCAUCGGGGACAGCACCAACACCGCCUUACUGCUGUGCAAUACCGGCAGGCUGAUGAGAAUCUGCGCUCAGGCCCACUGCGCCGUAUCGGCCGACCAGAGCAGAGGCGAGUUCUCACCAGAAGAGGCUCUUUACUACAACAAGGCUAUAGACUACUACCUGCGGGCCAUGAAGUCGCUCUCCAGCAGAGAGAGUCACCCGGCAGUAUGGGACAGUGUGAACUGGGAGCUGUCUACUACCUAUUUCACCCUGGCUACACUGCUGCAGGACUACGCACCGCUGUCCAGGAAGGCCCAGGAGCAGAUCGAGCGCGAGGUGACCGAGGCGAUGAUGAAGUCCCUGAAAUACUGCGACGUGCAGACCGAGUCGGCCCGCCAGCCGCUGUACCAGUACAGAGCCGCCACCAUCCACCACCGCCUGGCCUCCAUGUACCACAGCUGCUUCCGCAACCAGGUGGGGGAUGAACACUUGAGGAAGCAGCACCGGAGCCUGGCUGAGCUUCACUACAGCAAGGCUGUCUGUUUAUUCCUCAGCCUCAAAGACGCACCCUGCGAGCUGCUGCGCACGCUGCUGGAGAGGGUGGCUUUUGCGGAGUUUACCAUGGCAGGUCAGAGCAGCAGCGCAGCCAAACUGAAGAGCCUGACGGGCGCCAUCGAAAUCAUGGCAGAGACUCGCUUCGCGUUCAGACUGAUUCAUAAAGAGCUUCUGGACGAGCAGGCAGAGUUAAGCGAAGCGGGCGGCGAAUCCCCGGAAGCGGCCGGCGGCCCCUCGUCGGCGCUCAACCUGGAGGAAGUCAUGAAGCUAAUCGGCGUGUUCGAGCCGAGCUUCUCCUUCCUGCUGCUGCAGCUGAUCAAACUGAUGACGACCAUGAAACGGAAGCCAAGCAAUAAAGACGAGGAGAUGCUGAAAACCUACAAGAGCGUCUACUCCAGGCUGCUGCGCGCCGAGAAGAAGGCGCCGCUGCCGAGCCGAGUGGAGCUCUACAUCGACCUCCUGCAGCAGCUCUGCCCGCAGACGGCAGCCGACGACACGGGGACGCACCAAGCAUGAACCGGGACCAGACGCCGGCUCCGCUCGCCGCACAUCCGGGAUCACAGUCUGGAGAGACGCUCGACGUUUCCCCAAAAACCCUCUGACACGAUGCCGCCUCCUCACGGUUUUUAGCAGGCACACGCUCAGGCGACACACACUCUGAAUUACUUGGAACUUCACCUCCUGCGCCUUCAAAGUAAAUUCAUCCUCACAGGUUUGCAAUUGCACAUUUUUCUGGUGACCUGUACACUAAGAAGUUACUUAAUUGUUUGGGGUUUGUUUAAGUCCACUAAACAUCUGUGAAGGUUUCCUUAAGCAAAAAAGUUAAGCAUCUGGUUUUAUUCACCAAUUCUGCAAUGAGAUGAUUUAGAAACUGAUCACUUUGCACAAAUGUUCAUAUACUGUAUAUGGUGAUAUUUUUUUGCCCACAUGAGUUUUAUUGAUAUUCAGGGUCACAUUCUGGGCUUUCCAUUCUUUUUUUUUUUUUUUUCUGGCAGUUUGAUUACCAGUUUAAAACAAGUGGGAAAUAAUGCUCAGAUAUCAGUAGUAAAAUUGAAAGAUAUUCCAGCAGAUUUAUGUUGAAAUCUUUGUGAGGAAAGCUUAAUUGUGGAGGAUUAUGAGCUUAUUAUGAAGAGCAAAGUCUGAGGAAUGCCGAAGCAUCAGAAAAUAACUUUCUUCUAAACAUUUGAAAUUUAUUCUCAAAGCGCUGGACUACAAAAUCUUUUUCGUCUUGCUUGAGUUUGCUUUUUUACAAAACGUAUUCGCGAUGCUGUGCAUAAUGUGUGUUUGGACGGUGGAGAGGCUGAAAUGAGCUAAAAAAAAAUGGAAAUAUUUGCUUUUCCAAAAUCGGCAGUGUGCAAUAGUUCGGCAACUUUCAAUGCAACCUCCUGUAUGUACAGAAAGUGUGUUUAUAGCAGCGUGGUGUGCUGUGAGCUGAGAAAUAAAGAUUUUUAAAUUUUA